AGGGGUAUAGCAAUCAAGAUAACCUGGCUGGCUUGUAGACAAUGUUGAAAUAGAUUCCCAAAACAGUUCCGUUCUGAAUUUCGAAGAGAAUACUAGCAAAGAUGAAGGCGACUUAUCAAUUGGUCGUAAUCUCGGCUAUUAUUUUUGGCCAUCUGCAGUUCCAGCCUAUGGUAUUAGCUAGCUCUGUUUAUCGUCGCCCAAAUGCCGUGGCCUUCGCGCCCGCCCGCACCUAUGGCGGCGGAUUCAAUCACUCGGCGGUUAACUCUGGACAUAAGAACUAUACCAAGGCUAUUCAAACUACCAAUUGGACUGCGCCAGCGGUUCACCAACCGGUUCUCCAGGCACCCGGAUUUAUAUCUCCUCCUCAGAACCGUUCGUGGGCUCGCGCCAAUCAAGGUCCUUUUGGUGCUCCAGCACAAGGAACAGGUAUUCCCAGUGGCUGGGUGGCCAGUAAUAAUCACCAACAAGGAGUACCAGGCUUUUUCCAAUUAAACCAAACAUCCCAAGUUAGAAUCGGAACUCCAGCAUUUGUCGUUGGCAAAAAUAAUGGAACGCUUUAUCAAACAUAUAAUGCAACAGUCCAUAACAGGACUUAUCCUUAUGGAAACCUUUCCGUUUGAGCGUUUAUUAAAUUUUCCCAAAACCCAAUAAACCAAAUUAAAAAUUUGCGUUCUUUUCAAAAAUCAAUUUAUUGUGCGCUUGAAUCGUUGCAUGUAUUAGGAUCAUCGGCAUAAGUAUUGGGGUUGCGUUCCGGUAUUCCAGAAGUUUUAAUAAAUGUGUACUCAAUGAUGAUUUUCCAUAUAGGGGAUAAGUCAGGGAUGCGUAUUUUUGGAGGCGUGAUUACGCUGAUCACGCCACCUUAGUAUAUCAGCUUUGAACUAUCAAUAAAUGGAGUGACACGCAUGUAUGUGGAAUGCGAUUGCUGACCAAUUUGCCGAGAAAUUAAACCCAUGAUCUUUAACCGAAGAGGAUCCCUCGCCGCCGUCAAAGAUUCCCACGCUGCAGUCCUAUACUCCCACGCAGCCGUCAAAUAGGGCUCCCACGCAGCCGUCCAAACUCAUAAGAAUCCCACGCCGCUGUCCAGAAUCACGGAUCCCUCGCUGCAGUCCCGAUUUCCGCCUCCCACGCCGCAGUCAGUUUUAAGAAUACUAUUUCUAGCGCCCUGGCCUAAACGCCCUAAUAAUCCCACGUUGCUAAACUUUACAUCCCUCGCCGCAGUCUGAAGCUUUCCCAAGUCCGUCGCCGUCGUCGAGAGCCGAAAAUCCCACGCCGCUGUCCAAAUUUACUCCCAUGCCGCUGUCGGUGGUUAAUGUAGUGUGAAUCCCACGCCGCAGUCCAGUUUAGAGAAUCAUUCUUCAACAAAUCUAAUAUCCUCACGAGGGGU